AUGAGCUAUAUUCCGCCACAUCAAAGAGGAAACCAACAACACCAAGGGAACCAACCAUACCAUCAGCCCCAGUAUCAAUCUGAGCACUAUGGGCAGUCGGACUAUCCUCAGCCCAGCUACGCUGGAGGACCUUCAAAUCAGAGAUAUAACAUGCACGCCAAUGAAGGUCCAGGAGAGGUUAUGGUUAUGCACCAUCCAAAUGAUGCGAUGCGCGAAAUCCAGGAGGCACAGAAGGAACAGAGGGCAGCUAUGGACAUGCUUACAAAGCAACUUUCUCAACCUACUGGGCGAGAGAACAUCAGCGAGGUCUCCCUGAGGUCAGGGAAGGUAUAUCAAAGCCCCCCUCCACCUACAAGUUCUCCAGUAUCUACAUCUGGACAGAGCCGCGAAAAAGGAGCAGAGUCCAGUUCCCUUGAUCAAGCCGCCGGAGGAAGAGAUAAGGGAAAAGCGAAAGUAUGCGGCGAGACCUCAGGAGAAGGUCAAGGCGAAGGAACUGAGAAGGCCAAGCCCUACCCCUACCGAGGCAUGAUUACAAAGAGGAGAGAUGCCACGAUUGAUGUGGCCAGUUUAUUCAAGGACGUGGAAGUCAAAGUGCCACUCCUGACGGCGUUGAAGAUGCCCCCUAUUAGUAAAUUUGUCAAAGACUACCUGGCAGGAAAGGUCACUAAAGAAGGAAGGAUGGUUAUAGAGGAGAAUGUCUCUGCAGUGAUCCAGCGGAGUGACCUCCCAUCGAAGAAGACCGACCCAUGGAUGUUCACACUCCCAAUCUCAAUUGGAGACAUUCAAGUGGAGCACGCAAUAUGCGAUCUAGGGGCUUCUAUCAAUGUACUGCCAUAUUCUAUAUACAAGAAGUUGGGAGAGGCUAAGCUUGUCGACACCGACAUCAUGAUACAGCUAGCCGACAAGUCUUGCAUUCACCCUGAGGGAAUUCUUGAAGAUGUGAUUGUAAAGGUGAACAAUUUCCUGUACCCAGCUGACUUCUUCGUCAUCAAAAUGACAAAGCCAGUAGCGAAGAAGUCCAGUGGAGUCCUAUUGGGAAGACCGUUCCUGUCUACAGCCAGCACAAUAAUCGACGUCCGUAAUGGGACGAUCAGUCUGGACUUCAAUGGAGAAUAA